CUGUUGUCCAAAGCAGACGAGGCUCAGCCCCCUCAUUCGGAACUGAUGGGAAGUGUGAGAGCCCACCGAUACAGCAUAGUUUCCUCGGAGGAAGGCGGGAUGAAGCUGUCCCCCAUCGCUGUGCAAAACGGAUACGGCAAUGGAAACGUGGGCAGCAAAGUGCACACGCAGCACCAAGAACAAAGCCGCUUCGUCAACAAGGACGGACACUGUAAUGUGCAGUUCAUCAACAUGAGUGAAAAAGGUCAACGCUACCUGGCGGACAUCUUCACGACAUGCGUUGACAUCCGCUGGCGUUGGAUGAUGGUCCUCUUCUGCCUCUCUUUCCUGCUGUCCUGGCUUCUCUUUGGAUUAAUAUUCUGGCUUGUUGCACUUUCGUCAGGGGACUCGGAGAAUCAAGAGCAGAUUUGCAUUUCCAAUGUCGACAGCUUCACUGCAGCCUUCCUGUUUUCCGUGGAGACACAAACAACUAUCGGAUAUGGCUACCGAUAUGUAACGGAGGACUGUCCUAUUGCAGUCUUCAUGGUGGUUUUCCAGAGCAUCUUGGGAUGCAUCAUUGAUGCCUUCAUUAUUGGUGCGGUCAUGGCUAAGAUGGCCAAGCCUAAGAAAAGAAACGAAACCCUUGUGUUCAGUCACUAUGCCACAAUAGCCAUGAGGGACGGUAAACUGUGUUUGAUGUGGAGGGUCGGGAACCUCCGGAAAAGCCACCUGGUGGAAGCUCACGUUCGCGCCCAGCUGCUCAAAUCUCGCACCACCGCUGAAGGGGAGUUCAUCCCGCUGGAUCAGAUAGACAUUGAUGUCGGAUUUGACACUGGUAUUGACCGUAUAUUUUUAGUGUCCCCCAUCACCAUCGUCCAUGAGAUUGAUGAGGACAGUCCAUUCUAUGACAUGAGCAAACAGGAACUGGAAAGUUCGGAGCUGGAGAUAGUCGUGAUUUUGGAAGGCAUGGUGGAAGCUACGGCCAUGACAACUCAAUGUCGCAGCUCUUACGUGACGAGCGAAAUCCUGUGGGGUCAUCGUUUUGAGCCAGUCCUCUUCGAGGAGAAAAAUCAUUAUAAAGUGGACUAUUCGCACUUUGAGAACACAUACGAGGUUCCCAGCACGCCUCAAUGCAGCGCUCGAGAUUUAGCCGAAAAGAAGUACAUCACAUCUAGCUCUAACUCUUUUUGUUAUGAGAACGAAGUAGCCUUAAUGGAUAAAGAGGAAACUGAGGAUGACGAUGAUGAUGGUGAUGAUGACGAGGACCAGAAUAACAUCAGAAGAGACAGUGUGGCCUUGGAAGGAUCCGAUAUUGAUGAUGUUAAAAGCACGGCUUCCAGUCAGGAUACUUUAUCACUUCAGCUCAAACCUUUAAGACAGCAGCCAGAGAUAUGACAAUUUAAGAAAAAUGCUUUGUAUGUGGUGACAUUGCUGUACAGCAUAAAAACGAAAUAGCCUGACUGAGGAAAGGCUGUUUUGAUGCUGUUUUGAGAGCAUUGAUUUGAGAGGAACCCAGAAGGUUGGGUUGCAGAUGUCUUGAAACAUUCACUUUGGCUUGUUAUCUAAGAAGACAGAUCAACAAACAUGAACUUUCAAAUCUACUCUGAUGCUUUAUAUGCAAUCAAUUUGUAAUAUAGACAAGAGCAGCACACAGUAUAGAUUAAGCUCUGUUCCAAACCAAGUAGGCCAAUCACAGCAACUUAAAACCAAUUCCAAACCAAUCAAAACAACUCAAUAUGGCUCAUAUACAUUUCACACUUUUUUCUUUUUUAAAUUAAUCCACUCCUGGGAAAAAAAAAUGGAUCAAUGGCAUUCUAAAUAGAACCCCAGGGUUUUGACUCAAUUUUAAAAAAGCCUUUUAUACCAAAAAAGGUUUAUAUAAGGAGAAAUGUCUUAAAUGAUUGCCUAAUACUUUCGUUUUUUAAUGGGUUAUUUCCAUUUUUCUAGUGAUGAAGUAUGUU